CAAAGCAGGACUCGUUGUUAACAAGGAGAAGGGCUCAUUAUCCUACACGAGGCCUUAAAAGCUGAACUCUCGGGGCAUUGUUCAUUGUUCCGUCAUGGAGGAGAGUUUUUUCAAGUCCGCGCUGCCUGUGCAGGACUACCUGCAGCUGAAGGACACCAGCCUGGCUCUACCGACCGAACCGACUACCAGCUCCUCGGCGAGGACUGAGUCAGCAGGGAAGAACCUGCGGGUCCAGAGGCAGGUUCAGCUUUCACUGCGACGGAAUACAAAGAAGACUACAUCCAAUGGGGAAUUCAAGUUACAGGGAAUGACCUCCAGGAGCUUGGAUGAUGUAGAUAAAAUGUUUUCCCACACAAAGGUAAACAUGGCUGAUUUCAGCAGCCUUUCGUUAAAAGGAAACCAUUUUCAGGGGCCCAGAAGGAUGGCCUCACACACAACACCAAACACAAGGCUCUCCCACCGCCGCUUUAUCCGCAGCAUUUCUGUUCACGGUACCUCCUCACCCUCCAGGCACAACCAUUUUCAGUCAGUGGUAGCUCUUAAGGACUGUGCUGCUGGCUCUAAUGCAGCUCAGCUGCACACUUUCUCAGGGAUUCCUCAAGGUACGGCCAUCCGUGCAGCCACGUCUCAGCCUGGAAUGUAUAGGAGCAAAUCACUGAGGCGGUCAUUAGGAGGAAGGUAUCCGUCGGGAUCCAUGGCAUUCAAGCAAAGCCCUAAUAAUACCUGGAGUCACAGGCAAACAGUUGUAAAACAAGAUAAACGAACCGUACAGCAAGGUUUAUAUAACAUGGCUAGAACCACCCUGCCGGAGAGAGGCUUUAGCUGGCAGACUCGUGCUUCCCAGAGACAUCAAACAUCCCUGCCCUCCAUUGAGGCUGAGAGCUUGGAUAAAAGAAGGCGGGAGGAGACUGAGGUGGACAGUCAGCAGUGGUUCUUAAAUCUGAAGACGGUUAAAAAGCGUCCAGAGAUGACGAUUUUUAAGGCCUUCUCACUUCUAGACCUGACUGAUGAGGAAACCCUGGUCUCUGCCACCAGAUGCAUACAGUCCCAAUGUUUGGAUGAUGAUAAUAGAGAUUGGGUUUACAAUGUACGUGGAGUAUUAAAGCUUUUGAAAAUGCUCCAAAACGACAGCGAAGAGGUGCAACGCAACGCAGCAGGGGCUCUGCGAAAUGCCGUAUACGCCCACCAUGAUAACAAGACUGAGGUGAAGGCCUGUGGUGGCCUGGUUCUCAUCCUGGACGCGCUGGAAAACACGCGCGAUAAGGAGACCAUACACCAGCUUUCAGGUCUCUUGUGGAAUCUGUCUUCAGACGAUACAAUAAAGGAACAAUUCGAUGAAAAGGGGCUAAAUAUCAUCACAAAGUCGGUCUUGGUGCCCAGCUCUGGGAUGAAUGCAGCUGAAAACCCCAAAGAUGAAAUGAUCGCUGACCCCAAGGCUUUCCACUGCGCUACAGGCUGUCUACGAAAUCUAAGCUCUGCCGGCCCAAACGUCAGGAGAGCUAUGAGGAAGUGCAAAAAUCUCAUAGACUCGCUGGUUUACUAUAUACAAGGGACCAUAGCCAGCCGUAAACCUGAUGACGAUUCCACAGAAAACUGUGUCUGCAUCCUGCAAAACCUGACUUAUCAAGCUGAGUGUGACUUUGAUUCCCAAAGCAUCAACGAUCGCAAAGAGGUUCACAAAAAUUCAACCUUUGGAUGUUUUUCCAAGAUCAGCACCAAGAUUCCAAAGGAGGCGAAGGACUCUCCACAUGCAGUGAGCUUAGAACAGUGGGAGCUGAAAGAGAUGAAAGGAGCCGAGUGGCUAUAUAGUAAGUCUGCUGUGCGGGUGUAUCUGUCUCUGUUGGCCUGCAGCAAGCGGAGCUUGACACAGCAGGCUGCCAUCGGGGCGCUGCAGAAUCUCACAGCUGGAAAGGGAGAGAUCUCCGAACAUACUGCCUGCACUUUAGUUGAGGCUGAAAAUGGACUCCAGAAAAUUAAGACGGUUUUAGAUGAUGGCGACAACAAGUUAAAGAAACCAGCCAUAUAUCUGACGAAAAACCUUUCCCGCUUUCCGAAACUUCACCCUGAAAUCUUCUGUCAACUGAUUCGAGGGAUUUUGAGUACGCUGCAAAGUUCUGACACAGAUUUCUCUAGUGAGGUGAGAAAGCCAGUGUUUCAAAUCUUGUUAAACCUGAGCCAGACGGAUGUGCAUCACGCCAAAUAUAUCAUCGAAGAUACAGCCGUGGUAAAUUUUUUAAGGAACAAGCAUAAAGGUGAAAUAGAAACUGUAUUAAAUGAACUUCUGAGAGUGCUGUGGAGCGAGAAAUCUCUUCAAAAGAAACUAGAAGAACUGGAUAUAAGAAAACCCACAAAACCGAAAGGAAGACUAUCAAAAAAAAACGAAACGUGAGGCUGUGAAGUGUAGCAGCGGAACAUCAAACCUAAUUCACUUUUUCCAAAGCAUCGUCAACAAAACACACAACGCACCAUUUUCUUAGGAUUAACUUUUAUUAGCUUGUUCACAACUAUUAAAUCUAGUACAUCAAGGAGGCUGGCAUAAAAUGUUGCCACCAUUUUUACUGUUGUUACUCAUUUUUAUAGGAAAUAUUAGACAAAAUUAAAGCUAAGGCUUUCAUUUAUAUGAACCUUCAUUGGUGUUCACCUUGGAAUAAACUAUUAAUCCAGGCAACUGUUUCAGUCCCUUAUAGGAUGAAGAAAUAAAGCUAUCACAAAAGCACUGUGGUGAAGAUAAUGGAAAUUUUAUUUCUUGUUUCUGCAUGUUUCCCUUAUUUUAUUAAGGCAACUCAACACAUUUUAACAAUACAUUUAAGCACUUCCCAAAUGGCACUGGAACAGAUAAUCCACAAUAAAAACUAAGCAAAAUAAGAUAAGAUGGGAUCUUUGCUGGGUGAAAAGUGCCAAAUUACAAUAAAAUAUCCAUUAACUAAUUAUUUAAAUGUCUGUAAUUAAAUAAACUUAGAAAUAAAUACACAAAGCUUAUUUGCUUCAGUUUGUUAUGUAGGAUCUGUGUGACGUUUCUUAACUGCAGAGAAAUUAUUGAUGUUUACGACCAUUAUUGAUAUUUACAUGAUAAUUCAGAAUAGCAGAUGUUAUAUCAAAAUACGGUAAAUACUGUCUGCUCGAACACUUUGUCAUGACUGGUUGAAAUGACUGCAAGAACAUCAUACAUUUUGUCUAAUUCUUGGAUUUAAAUAAUCCAGUGGAUGAUCUCUGACAUAAUUCUCCAAUAAGGUGCAAAACUUCUCUCUAAAAAUUAGAAUACGUAAACAGUUCCUCUUUAUCAGGCCUCACCAUGUCUGUGUGCGAACGUCCGCCCUAACCCUUAAGCCCUCAAUCGCUAUUUAGUGCGGGGACUACAUAGUGAACUCGGUUAACUGAUACUUUUUGCUCCCCGUUGGUCACGUGACUACGCCUCCCUGAUUGGUGCCUGCACCAUCUUUGUAAUUUAAGUAGUGAUCAUCCAUGGUCACUAGAAGAGCAGAUAUAUCCCAGAAUGCUUUGCAAGGAAGCUCUCCUCGCAAAGCAUCAUGGGAUUUGUUGUCAUAGCAACAAAUAAUAAUAGUAACAAAAAAUAUUUGUUAAUUUGUUACUAUUAUUUGUUGCUAUGACAACAAAUUCCAUAUGUAAAUAUUGUAAUUGGGCACUUUUCACUCUCCAUAGAAUGUUAAUGUUUUAUUCCAUGAAGAAUAAGUUUUUGCACUCUGUAUUUAAAUGUGUAACUAUGUUUUU